GGAGCUGCCGGGCUUCUCGAGGAGGCGGUGGGGCCCACACCCGGAAGAAGGGACUCUUUUCAGGCUAGUGCGGCGGCCUCUGCGGACCCGGAAGUCCGGGCCGGCUGCUGAAUGAGGGGAGCCGGGCCCUCCCCGCGACAGUCCCCCCGCGCCCUCCGCCCCGACCCGGGCCCCGCCAUGUCCUUCUUCCGGCGGAAAGUGAAAGGCAAAGAACAAGAGAAGACCUCAGAUGUCAAGUCAAUUAAAGCUUCAAUAUCUGUACAUUCCCCACAAAAAAGCACUAAAAAUCAUGCCUUGCUGGAGGCGGCAGGACCAAGUCAUGUUGCAAUCAAUGCCAUUUCUGCCAACAUGGACUCCUUUUCAAGUAGCAGGACAGCGACACUUAAGAAGCAGCCAAGCCACAUGGAGGCUGCUCAUUUUGGUGACCUGGGCAGAUCUUGUCUGGACUACCAGACUCAAGAGACCAAAUCAAGUCUUUCAAAGACCCUUGAACAAGUCUUGCGCGACACUGUUGUCCUCCCUUAUUUCAUUCAAUUCAUGGAACUUCGGAGAAUGGAGCAUUUGGUUAAAUUUUGGUUAGAAGCUGAAAGUUUUCACUCUACAACUUGGACCCGAAUAAGAGCACACAGUCUGAACACUGUGAAGCAGAGCUCAUUGGCUGAGCCUGUCUCUCCAUCUAAAAAGCAUGAAACUGCAACAUCUUUUGUAACUGAGUCUCUUGACAAGAGAUUGGAGGAUUCUAGCCCAGCCCAAUUGCUUAUGACCCAAUCCGAAGGAAUUGACCUGAACAGUAGAACUAGCAACAUUCAGAAUCACUUGUUGCUUUCCCGGGAAUGUGACCAUGCCCAUUCUCUCCAUCUUGAAAUGGCCAGAACAGGAACGCAUCAAAUUUCCAUGGAAACCCAAGAAUCCUCCUCCAGACUUCUAGUAGCCAGUAGAAAUAGUCCCUCUUCACCACUAAAGGAAUUAUCAGGAAAAUUAAUGAAAAGUAUAGAACAAGAUGCAGUGAAUACUUUUACCAAAUAUAUAUCUCCAGAUGCUGCUAAACCGAUACCAAUUACAGAAGCAAUGAGAAAUGACAUCAUAGCAAAGAUUUGUGGAGAAGAUGGACAGGUGGAUCCCAACUGUUUUGUUUUGGCACAGUCCAUAGUCUUUAAUGCCAUGGAGCAAGAGCACUUUAGUGAGUUUCUGCGAAGUCACCAUUUCUGUAAAUACCAGAUUGAAGUGCUGACCAGUGGAACUGUUUACCUGGCUGACAUUCUCUUCUGUGAGUCAGCCCUCUUUUAUUUCUCUGAGUACAUGGAAAAAGAGGAUGCAGUGAAUAUCUUACAGUUCUGGUUGGCAGCAGAUAACUUCCAGUCUCAACUUGCUGCCAAAAAGGGCCAGUAUGAUGGACAGGAGGCACAGAACGAUGCCAUGAUUUUGUAUGACAAGUACUUCUCCCUCCAAGCCACACAUCCUCUUGGAUUUGAUGAUGUUGUACGAUUAGAAAUUGAAUCCAAUAUCUGCAGGGAAGGUGGGCCACUCCCUAACUGUUUCACAACUCCAUUACGUCAGGCCUGGACGACCAUGGAGAAGGUCUUUUUGCCUGGCUUCUUGUCCAGCAAUCUUUAUUAUAAGUAUUUGAAUGAUCUCAUCCAUUCGGUUCGAGGAGAUGAGUUUCUGGGAGGAACUGUUUCACUGACUGCUCAUGGCUCUGUCGGCCCUCCUGAUGACUCUCACCCAGGUGGUUCCGACAGCUCGGCUGCUCAGUCCAGUAUGAAAAAAGCCAGUGUUAAAAUUCUGAAAAAUUUUGAUGAAGCGAUAAUUGUGGAUGCUGCGAGUCUGGAUCCAGAAUCUUUGUAUCAGCGGACAUACGCAGGGAAGAUGACAUUUGGAAGAGUAAGUGACUUGGGGCAAUUCAUCCGAGAAUCUGAGCCUGAACCUGACGUAAAGAAAUCAAAAGGAUUCAUGUUCUCACAAGCUAUGAAGAAAUGGGUGCAAGGAAAUACUGACGAGGCCCAAGAAGAACUAGCUUGGAAGAUUGCUAAAAUGAUAGUCAGUGAUGUUAUGCAACAGGCACAAUAUGAUCAACCUUUAGAGAAGUCUACAAAGCUAUGACUCAAGACCUGAGAUAAAGGAAAUCUGCUUUUGAAAAAUAAGAGAACUUUUUUCCUUUGGUUGGAUUCUUCAACACAGCCAAUGAAAACAAAGCACUGUAUUUCUUUUCACUGAUAUAUCACUGUUGUUCCCAAGAAAGAAUGGCAGACAAUCCUAGACUUCCAUCCUAAGCAGAGUGACAUGUAGACAUAUUUGCUGCACAUGAUGUUCACACAGUGAAAGUCCUAAAGAGACAAAGUGGUAUUGUUUACAUUACUAGAAAAUUAAUAGCUUUCCAAUGGCAAUAACCCAUUUAUGAAAGAGUUUUAGUCCACUGGAAUAGACAGGGACCACAGACUGUGGGAGGUAGAUGAGCGUAGAGCUGAUAUCUGAUGCACAUUCUGUAGCAGUGGCCCAGCCCUACGAGUAUCCUAAAGCAGGUACCAGAAGUGCUUUGCUUUGGCCUCCUAAACACACAGGUGAGUCAGCCCCUCCGAGAGCCAGGCAGCUCAGAGCGGCGGUACGGUGCUAGUGGGUUGUUCUCCUUCAGCAGAACAGGGCGAGGGCUCCCUGGCAGUCUUCCUCCACAGAGGCAUUAAUGUGGAAGGAAGCUAGCCGACAGGUCAAGUCUCUGUGACAUUGCCCUUCCCUUUGGUGACAGUAUGCAAUUCUCACAUUUUAAUUGCUCCUGAGAUGCAAUAUACUGAAAACCAGUCUCCCCUGCUUAACAAAAAGAUGAGUCUCCUUUAUAUUGAGCGUGAAGACUUGCUCUUCUGGAAUACUCUGCUCCAAGUUACUUAACUUUUCCUUCAGAGUACAUGUGGAAAAGAAGGAAGAGUAACAAUCACUCCAGUUUCCCCCUGUGGUAUCUUGGACAAAUGUUUAUACCUAGAUUGUAUGGUUUUUGUUUUGUUUUUUCUUUUCUUUUUUUUUUAAGAUUGGCAAGCAAGCGUUGGGGUGGGAGGAGGCAGGAAAAAUGCUCAACCUUGACCGCCUCUCCUUUCUUUGCUAUGAGCUGGGAAGUGUGCAGCUGGUGGCCUUUUUGCGUUCUGUCUUCAGGAGAGUAGGAG